CAGGAGGCAACAGGGCUUGACACAGUUUAAUCCAGAGAGAGUGUUAGGGCUUCGGACAAAAGAGGGAGUUUGGCUACAGGCUGACCAGGGAGAGGCAGAGGGGUUAAGGACACAGCAGGAGUACCUGCAAGGAACAGGACUGGAGACCAUGGACAACUCUUUCAAAGCCCAUGACUAGGUGGGCUAGGUCUGACUUGAAGGACCAAGAAGCCUGAGUCUCUACUGGAGGUCAGAGAUGCUUGGAUAAAUAAAGUCCCAAGGGAAAGGGUAAAUCUUCACUUUCUCCUUCCUUCCCAUUCCAGCUCCAGAAUGUUGACCAUCGCUCUUCUCGCCCUUCUUUGUGCAUCCGCCUAUGCCAAUGCCAUUCAGGCUAGGUCCUCCUCCUAUAAUGGAGAGUAUGGAGGCGGUGGUGGAGAACGAUUCUCUCAUUCUGGCAACCAGAUGGAUGGCCCCAUCACUGCCAUCCGUGUCCGAGUCAACAGAUACUACAUCGUAGGUCUUCAGGUGCGCUAUGGCAAGGUGUGGAGCGACUAUGUGGGUGGCACCCAGGGAGACAUGGAGGAGAUCUUUCUGCACCCUGGGGAAUCAGUGAUCCAGGUGUCUGGCAAGUACAAGUACUAUCUGAGGAAGCUGGUCUUCGUGACUGACAAGGGCCGCUACCUGCCUUUUGGGAAGGACACAGGCACAAGUUUCAACGCUGUCCCCUUGUACCCCAACACCGUGCUUCGAUUCAUCAGUGGCCGAGCUGGCUCCCUUAUAAAUGCCAUUGGCCUGCACUGGGACAUCUACCCCAGUGAAUGCAGCAGCUGCUGAGCCCCAGCCUCCUCCUGGGCAGGGGGGCAAUGCAGUGGGGGGGUGGGAGAACCCACUUACCACUAACCCCAUCCACAAGGCACAAUUAAAAAAAUAAAA